CCUGUAAAGUGCCUAGUUGGCAAGUCAUGGCAUUUAUAAAGAUUUGGUGCAUUUUGGGACUAGGAGUCCUGGUUUCUCUCACUCAGGCUCAUACUGAUUUCUUCACAUCUAUUGGCCAGAUGACUGACUUGCUGUACACUGAGAAAGAUCUGCUGACUUCAUUGAAAGAUUACAUCAAAGCAGAGGAGAGCAAACUGGGUGAAAUCAAACGGUGGGCAGAAAAAUUGGAUCAACUUACCGAGGCAGCGACAAAAGAUCCAGAGGAGUUCCUAGGGCACCCAGUGAAUGCUUUUAAAUUGAUGAAACGACUGAACACAGAAUGGAUGGAGCUAGAGAACUUGGUCCUAAAAGACAUGUCAGAUGGGUUCAUUUCUAAUCUCACCAUUCAGAGACAGCACUUGCCAAAUGAUGAAGAUCAGACUGGAGCUGCCAAGGCUCUGAUACGUCUCCAGGACACGUACAAUCUAGACGCAGAGACCAUCUCUCAAGGCAACUUGCCAGGCGUGAAGCAUAAAACAUUGCUCACAGCAGAAGACUGCUAUGAGUUGGGCAAAGUAGCCUACACGGAUACAGAUUACUACCACACAGAGCUGUGGAUGGAGCAGGCACUGAAACAGCUAGAUGCGGGCGAGGUUUCCAACAUAAACAAAAUCACCGUACUGGACUACCUGAGCUAUGCGGUAUAUCAGCAAGGUGAUCUGGACAAGGCGUUGGAGCUCACAAAGAGGCUGCUGACACUAGAUCCUGAGCACCAGCGAGCAAAUGGAAAUCUGAAGUAUUUUGAAUAUAUGAUGGCUGACCAGAAAAAGGAAAAGUCAAACAUAGCUCAGAAGACAGAAGGAAAUAAAUCAGGACAUGUUUCACAGACUAAGAGAGAGCGUAUCAAAGAUUACCUACCAGAGAGACAGAAAUAUGAAAUGCUGUGCCGAGGUGAAGGCAUCAAACUGACUCCUCGAAGACAGAAAAGGCUCUUUUGCCGUUAUUCAGAUGCAAACAGAAAUCCUGUGUACAUUCUGAAACCUGUGAAGCAGCAAGAUGAAUGGGACAAACCGCGAAUUAUUCGUUACAUUGAUAUAAUUUCUAAUGAGGAAAUUGAGCGAGUGAAAGAACUGGCAAAGCCACGGCUGAGACGAGCCACCAUUUCUAACCCAAUAACUGGAGUGUUGGAGACAGCUCAUUACAGAAUAAGCAAAAGUGCAUGGUUGUCAGGAUACGAAGACCCCGUGAUUAAUCGGAUUAACCAGAGGAUACAAGACCUGACGGGGCUUGAUGUUUCCACAGCAGAGGAGCUGCAGGUGGCCAAUUAUGGGGUUGGGGGCCAGUAUGAGCCUCACUUUGACUUUGGACGGAAAGACGAGCCCGAUGCAUUCAAAGAAUUGGGGACUGGAAACAGGAUUGCCACCUGGUUAUUUUAUAUGAGUGAUGUAGCAGCUGGUGGAGCCACAGUUUUCCCUGAAGUAGGAGCAGCAGUAUGGCCACAAAAGGGCUCAGCAGUAUUUUGGUACAAUCUGUUUCCCAGUGGAGAAGGUGAUUACAGCACCCGACAUGCAGCUUGCCCAGUAUUAGUUGGAAACAAAUGGGUGUCUAAUAAAUGGAUCCAUGAGCGUGGGCAGGAAUUCCGAAGAAGAUGUAACUUGUCAGAGUUGGAUUGAUGUUCCCUACUCUGUAUUGUGAAUUGCCCCCCUGUAGCCACACCGUCUACAAUACAACAUGGUUCCUGUUCAGAUUCUUAAUGUCACUCACUGCCUUCGCAACCCUCCCGCCCGCUGCCGACUCCACCCACCCAUCCAGAAUCCGUCUGACAUGAAGAUCGCGCUGUUCACUGCUAUAUGAAGACUUGAGGAAGGUUCUUGUUUUAUAACCCUAUCCAUUGACAGGUUUUAUUGAAAUAGAGUUGGGCUGGUUAGAAAACUGGAAAUGUUCCUCGCAAUCGUAAAUAUUCUACGAAAAUUGCAUUUCUCCUUAAUUAAGAAAAAUGUUUGCUAAGGCUCUUUUCAACAAAUUGAUUUAUAAAGAUGAUUUUGCAAAACUGAGAUUCUGACAUGAAGCUACAAGCAUGAGAACCAUCUUGGAAGCAAGGAUUGUGGAGUCAUUCCCUCUGAAGUAUGUUUUGCUUGGGUACCUGUUGCAUCAUGUGGCUUUCAGGGAUCAUUCUAAUGGAAAUUGGUUCUCAGAAUUUGGUCCAGUCUUAUGAAAUGCUUCACUGAAAAAGCAGGGAGUUUGCUAAUUAAUGAAGUGUUUUGUUUCAGAGCUAGAGGUUUUGUAGCUACAUUUGUUAGGUCAGUGUACUCAUAAUGAUGUAGAUUGGAUCUUUGAAGCCACAUAAGUUCACUGAAAGAUAUAGUGUUGACUUUAGUAGUCUAUUAAUUCCUUAUGUUAAAUGUAAGAAAAUUCUCUGCAUCUUGAAACUUUUCAAAAGACUGUUGAGCACCACAAAGAUCCAUUGAUCGGGGCACUUUUAUUCCCAAAAGAAAGUGAAUAAUGUCAAGAGAUAUUUAGUUUUGCAUUUAUAGAGAGACAGAUGAGAAAUUACUUAUUUAAACAAGGUGGCUGUUUUUGUACUGCAUUCUAACAUAUGUAUAACUCUCCCACUGUGAUGCACUGUUUUUGUGUGGUAUGCUCAGACAGCAAGACUUGGUACAGUUUUGCACAGAACACGACAUCUAGGCCCGAAACGUCAGCCUUCCUGCUCCUCUGAUGCUGCUUGGCCUGCUGUGUUCAUCCAGCCUUACAUCUUGUUAUCUCUAUCACUCCUGACAUUUGCUGUUUCCUCGCAUUGUUACCAUUUGCUGCUCUUUCUAACUGUUGACCAUCAGCUCUGCCAUUGAGACGUGAUACAGAUCAUGUGGCAACAUCAAUUUGUUAUCCUAGCAAUUAGUUGGCUUCUUGACAUGACUGUGCCUAUGGUUUGAGCACCUUUGAAAUGAUUCAGCAAAGAUGCAAUUACUGUACACUUACUAGAAAGACUGAAUUGAUACGUGGAUAUGUAUCUUUUAUUCCUGCGUUUUUAAAAUAUAUUUACUUCAUAAGCAUUGUUGCUUCUCUUCCUCAGAGUUUACCCAGUUAAUCAUGAUAUAAAAGAUAAACUUUUUAAAUAAAGAAGUGUAACAAAAAUAUGGAUUAGAAAUUCUGAACCGUCAAAGAUUUAAGAAGAAUCGUUUGGUGUAGGGGAUGCAGAAGGAAUACUUUGACCGAAUAGCAUGAAUGGAAAUCCGGUGCCCAGGUGAAUCUUUUUCAAAGGAAAUGGGCUUUUUUUCUAUGCUGUCAAUGGGAGAAAUGUGUAUUUAUAUACCUUUUAUUUUAAAAUAAAACCAGUCCUUUUCUCUGUUUUCUUAAAAUAC